GAGCUCUGUAUCACUCGUCCUCUUUAAAGGUCUCCUGAACCCCCGGGCGGAUUUAGAUCUAGGAAUUAGCCGUAAAUCGGCGUGACGGACGAGCGCUCCGGGAAGACUCUGCUGCACGGUUGCUUUUUAUUAUUUGUUUUAUUGCGUGCACUUUGUUGUCUGUCUGAUCUCAAGCGCCGCUCCGACGCCGUUAAUCCUCCUUUAAAGGGAGGACGCAGCGUGAGACGGAGAUGACGUGAGAAUGUUAGUUUCACCGCUCGCAUCGUCCUGAGGAAAGGACAACUUCAGUCUCGCCGCGUUCUUGACUUUAACGGAUAAUUAAGGCGAUGCUACCGUCAGUCCGCGAUAGUUAGGGGUCAAUAAUGCGAUGAUGUUAGCUUGCUAGCAAAUUUGGCUACUGAUUUUAAUUGUACACAAGCACAUUAUUUAAGGAGAAGCAGUACGUCGACCGUGAACACGUGAAAAUAAGGGCCAGUGGCGACGUGACGUUUUUUUACCGCGUAGAGAUGAUCUGUCGAAAUAAUCCCAAAUGUAUACCGGUGUCUGUUUUCGUCCGUGUUUGGUGCGUCGACUGUGCGCCAGCGUUUGUUUGUUUGUUUGUUAGUUUGUGGUGCGUUGUGUUGUGUUGUAGAGUUAAUGGAAAUAAUUCCUUAUCAGUGGGCAGGUUUAUUCAGAAGAUCAAUUUGAGGUUAAGAAGUUAAAGAAAUGAUCGGCACUUUAUGCAGAGAGAGAGAGAGAGAGAGAGGGAUGUGGAUAGAAAGAGACCGGGUGAGAGACAAAAAGAGAGGGAGACGUAGAGCGAAAUGAGCGAGAGACCGAUGGAGAGAGACGUAGCAAGAAGGAGUGAGAGACAUAGCAGGAGAGAGAUGUAGAGAGACGGAUGGAGAGAGAUAGCAGUAGAGAGACGGAUGGAGAGAGACAGCAGGAGAGAGUCAUAGAGAGAUGGAUGGAGAGAGAGAGCAGUAGAGAGACGGAUGGAGAGAGACAGCAGGAGAGAGUCAUAGAGAGACGGAUGGAGAGAGAUAGCAGUAGAGAGACGGAUGGAGAGAGACAGCAGGAGAGAGUCGUAGAGAGACGGAUGGAGAGAGACGUAGAUAAGAUGGCUGGAGAGAGACAGUAGGAGAGAGUCGUAGAGAGAUGGAUGGAGAGAGAGAGCAGUAGAGAGACGGAUGGAGAGAGACAGUAGGAGAGAGUCGUAGAGAGAUGCAUGGAGAGAGAGAGCAGUAGAGAGACGGAUGGAGAGAGACAGCAGGAGAGAGUCGUAGAGAGACGGAUGGAGAGAGACGUAGAUAAGAUGGCUGGAGAGAGACAGUAGGAGAGAGUCGUAGAGAGAUGGAUGGAGAGAGAGAGCAGUAGAGAGACGGAUGGAGAGAGACAGUAGGAGAGAGUCGUAGAGAGAUGGAUGGAGAGAGACGUAGAUAAGAUGGCUGGAGAGAGACAGUAGGAGAGAGUCGUAGAGAGAUGGAUGGAGAGAGAGAGCAGUAGAGAGACGGAUGGAGAGAGACACUAGGAGAGAGUCGUAGAGAGAUGGAUGGAGAGAGACGUAGAUAAGACGGCUGGAGAGAGAGAGACAGUAGGAGAGAGUCGUAGAGAGACGGAUGGAGAGAGACAGUAGGAGAGAGUCAUAGAGAGAUGAAUGGAGAGAGACGUAGAUAAGACGGAUGGAGAGGGAGACAGUAGGAGAGAGAUAGCAGUAGAGAGACGGAUGGAGAGAGACAGUAGGAGAGAGUCGUAGAGAGACGGAUGGAGAGAGACAGUAGGAGAGAGUCGUAGAGAGACGGAUGGAGAGAGACAGUAGGAGAGAGUCGUAGAGAGACGGAUGGAGAGAGACAGUAGGAGAGAGUCGUAGAGAGACGGAUGGAGAGAGAUAGCAGUAGAGAGAUGGAUGGAGAGAGAUAGCAGUAGAGAGAUGGAUGGAGAGAGAUAGCAGUAGAGAGAUGGAUGGAGAGAGACAGUAGGAGAGAGUCGUAGAGAGACUGAUGGAGAGAGAUAGCAGUGGAGAGUCAUAGAGAUACGGAUGGAAAGAGACAGGAGAGAGACAUAGAGAGUCGGAUGGAGAGAGACAUAGAGAGACGGAUGGAGAGAGACAGAGAGAGACGGAUGGAGAGAGACAUAGAGAGACGGAUGGAGAGAGACAUAGAGAGACGGAUGGAGAGAGACAUAGAGAGACGGAUGGAGAGAGACAUAGAGAGACGGAUGGAGAGAGACAUAGAGAGAAGGAGCGCGAGAGAUGUAGAGAAAAGAAGCGAGAGAUGGAGUGAGGGAGACAGCAGGAGAGAGACAUGGAGAGGACUGAGAGACAGAUGAGAGAGAUGUAGAGUGAAGGACGUCUGAAUUACACACCUGUGUUCAGGUUGUGUGGUGAUCAGCGUGAUCUGAAGCUCUGUAGAAAAGCCUCAAAAUGGAGAGCACGUACUUCAGGAACAAUUUCUGGGGGGAGAAGAAUGCGGGCUUUGACGUUCUCUACCACAACAUGAAGCACGGCCAGAUCGCCACCAAAGAGCUGGCGGAGUUUGUGAGAGAGAGGGCUGCCAUUGAGGAGACGUACUCCAAAUCCAUGAGCAAACUGGCAAAGUUGGCCAGCAAUGGAAGUCCGCUUGGCACAUUUGCCCCCAUGUGGGACUUGUUCCGGAUGUCGUCGGACAAAGUCGCCCUCUGCCACCUGGAGCUGAUGAGGAAGAUGAACGACCUCAUCCGUGACAUCAACAAGUACAGCGAGGAGCAGGUCAAAGUUCACCGUAAGACGAAGGAGGAGGUGGUGGGUACUCUGGAGGCGGUCCAGGCUCUGCAGGUACAGAACGGACACUUGCAGAAGGCCAGAGAGGGCUAUCACGCUAAAUGUACCGAGCUGGAACGGCUGCGCAAAGAAGGAGCUCCUCAGAAGGAGCUGGAGAAGGCUGAGCUGAAGUCUAAGAAGGCGGCCGAGUCGUUUUCAGCGUCUAUAGAUAAGUUUAACCGCACUGGAGGAGACUUUGAGCAGAAGAUGAGCGAGUCCGCACAGAAGUUCCAGGACAUCGAGGAGGACCACUUACGGAAGAUGAAGCAGCUGAUCAAGUCUUACUCGCAGUCCAUAGAGGACACGCACGUCCAAGUGGGACAGGUUCAUGAGGAGUUCAAGCAGAACGUGGAGAACAUCGGCAUCAGGAGUCUGAUUCAGAAGUUUACUGAGCAGAAGGGCACGGGAAAAGACCGGCCAGGCCCUGUGGGUUUUGAGGAGUUCCCGUCCACUCAAGCGUCCGACAAUAACAAGAAAAGCCGAGCAAAAGCAUUCAGGAUCCCCGGCCUGGGCAAGAGGGACAAAGAGCCAGACUUCACGGAUUCUGCGCUGACGGAUACACCAAAUUCGCCUCUGGAGGUAGACGACGAAGGCUUCGUGAUCCGCGCGGACGUCAGCCAGAACGGCUGCGCAGCCGACAAAGAGAACAACUUUUACUCCAGCGACUCGGACUACGACGACGAAGAGCCCAAGAAGUUCCACAUCCAGAUCCGGCCCGUGUGCAGCCGCAGCAACUCGGCCGCCAACGAGCUGGAGCUGAAGGCCAGCGUGGGGACCCUCACCCUGCCCCCUCACCCUGCGGCGACAACGAAGAGGCACAUUUCCCGAAACAUCAGUACAGCAGGUCGGUCGGAGGGAGAGGGCGAUGGCGCCCCCCACAGGGAAGGUGAAACUGAGGGUCUGUGCAGGUUCACCUCGAGUCCAAACCACAGCAGGUUGAGCUCCACAGCAUCUGGUUCAGAUUCACUCUUCGGUCCUCCUCUAGAAUCAGCCUUCAAAUCUCACAGCUUCUUGGGGCAAGAGCAGCUGCAGACCUCCGAAUACGCUGCUUUCUCCUCUGCUUCCUCGUCUCCUGAGAACGUGGAGGACUCGGGUUUGGACUCGCCUUCCCAUCAGCCCCUGGGAGCGUCCCCCGAGCCGACAGGCUGGGCGGCCUGGCCUUCGUCUUCUCAGCCCAAAGACUCUACGACCUCACGACGACCCGUUGACCCCUUCCUCGGGCGCGCACCUCUCGCUCAAGAGUGGCCGUCGUCCCAGCGGUCUCCCUUAGCUCCGCCCUAUACAGAAAGCUCCGCCUCCUCUUUCGCAUUUCCUUCCUUUUCCGGCAACGUGGAGCUGAGCGUCUGGAGCUGUAAACACAUCCCAACGGAGGACCCCUUCCUGGCUGCGUUCGAGCACCAACCCACUCGUCAGGAUGCUUGGGUAGCUCCGCCUGCUCCUCAAACUACCCACGAGGACCCGUUUGCCCCGCCCACAAACGGCACUAAAACCCUGCCUCCUCCUAGUUCCUCCUCUCGCAAGGACAGAGAUAGGAAACGAGAGCGCGGCGUGCCGCCUUCCGAUUCGCCCGACGAUCCCUUCGCCAUCACGAUGAUCGGCAGCCCGACGCACCAGUCGGCGCUGGCCACUCAGGGAGGAGGGAGUGGCUUAACUUGGGCGGUCGGUUCUAACUCCGCCCCUCCGGUCCAGCCGAAGAAGGAGUCCACGCACUGGGGGUCGGUGCACAACCCGUUCAGUGACGCGGCGCAGGACGGAGGCAGGAAGACGAGCAGAAACGGAGGAGAGAAGGAGCGCAGGAGCGGAGGGGAGGAUCAGAGACGGAGUGGACCACCGCUCACACGCCUCUCCGGCCCACAGGAGGACCUCUGCUUCUCCACGGACAAAGACCAGGACUGCCUGGACAUCAGCGGACACGCGGGUCCUCAGCGUAGGUUCAGUAAUGAGCUCCUGGUCUUGGCUCCUCCUCGUCCCGCUCGGUCCAAGCGUUCCUCGUCCAGACCGAGUGGAAGUGAACGGUCCAGGUCUUUGUGUUCGUCUCCUCUGCCCGAGCCCAGUCCUCCUCCGACGUCCUCCUCGUCCUCCUCCAGCCCCAGUGAUUGGGGGGGUCAGACACGUGCACCCAGUCCUGCACGAGGUUUGUCCCGAGGGCCGAGUCCCAUCUCUCUGAGCGCUCAGGAGUCGUGGCCGGUUGCUGCGGCUUUUACAGAAUACAUCAACGCUUACUUUAAAGGAGGAGAAAACAACCGGUGUCUGGUAAAGAUUACAGGUGACCUCACCAUGUCGUUCCCAGCCGGAAUCACUCGGAUAUUUGCCUCCAACCCCAGCCCGCCCGUGCUCAGCUUCCGAUUGGUCAGCAUCGCUCGAGUGGAUCGCUUCUUACCCAAUCAGAAGCUUCUGUACAGCGACCCGUCCCAGAACGACCCCGACUCCAAAGAUUUCUGGUUUAACAUGCAGGCCUUGACCCUUCACCUUCAGAGAGAGGCGGAGCUCAACCCACAAGCCUCGUACUACAACGUGGGGGUGCUGAAGUACCAGGUGUCGUCUCAGGACCCGGCUCGCGCUCCUCUGCUGCUGUCGGCCGAGUGCCAGCGCAGCGGUACGGUCACCCGCGUCGCCCUUGACUACCACUGUUGCCCAGCAACCGCUCCAGCCACUCAGCUCACGGCUGUGCAGGUGCUGCUACCGCUCGAUCCCACAGCCACCGACCUGCAGUGCCAACCACCCGCUACCUGGAACACUGAGGAGAAGAGACUGCUGUGGAAGCUGCCCAACCUCUCGCCCACCAACCACAGCAAAGGCUCGGGCACACUGUGUGCCAGCUGGCAGUGCCUGGAGGAGCCCCGUGGUCCUGCCCCGAACCUGGCCGUGCAGUUUGUGGGUACCGGAGCAUCUCUGUCAGGACUGGACCUGGAGCUGGUGGGUGGCCGAUACCGCAUGUCCCUGCUCAAGAAGAGAUUCGCCACUGGGAAGUACAUGGCCGGCUGUUUGUUGUAGGAGAACCUCGUCAUCUGUUUUCAUUUCUUCUUCCUGCUGGACAUAAAGUUUUGCACUUUUAUCACUAAAGUCCACGUCCGAGUGUUUUCUGAGGACCGAACACACACAGUAACAGACGUGGGACCUGGACAUUACCCAUGAUGCACUGCUGUGAGGAACACACACACACACACGCACGCACGGGAGAUCCACGAGGAUUAGGACUCAGCACUUCAGCACUUCGCUGCUCUCGAUGCUUUGACGUGUUCGUUCGUCUGACGCUUCAUCGGACCUGCGAUUGGGGGUUUUUUGGGCUUUUUUUUUUCUUUCUCUUUCCAUUUCCUGGAUGUUAUUUUUGAGCGAGCCGAGUGAAGAUGUGUAUAACGUCGACGUGAAUGUCAAACGAUCUUGUGUGUCUAUUAUAAUAAUAAUAAUAAUAAUAAUAACAAUAACAAUAAUACUGAGAACUUUAAUAUUCCAUCUUUGUAAAGACUGAA